AUGGCUCUGAGCUACCCCAUGGCCGCUGGCCUCAACAAUGGACACAAGGUGACGAAGAACAUGAGCAAGCCGAGGCACAGACAGCACAGUCAAUGGCGUGGGCCUCUGACCAAGCACACCAAGUUCUUUCAGGACAAGAUCCAUGAGAUGUGCGGCUUGGCGCCCUACGAGUGGCGGGCCUUGGAGCUGCUCAAGGUGUCCAAGGACAAGCACACACUCAAGUUCAUCAUGAAAACAAAUGAUCAUAAAUUGGGGACGCACAUGCGCGCUAAGAGGAAGCACAAGGAGCUAAGCAGCGUGCUGGUCGCUAGGGGCAAGGCGGUGGCCAGGAAGGACUGA